CUCUCCCACUCCUCCACCAUGCCUGUCCGCGGCUGCCGCAGCUCCUCCCCGCCUCGCGGCCAAGCCGGGGCCUCUUCCCCUGCCCCCUCGAUCACCCAGGAGCAAGAGAGGCGAGUCCGACCCCUACAUCCACCCCCGCCCCCGUCACUCCACCGCCGCACCAGCGCCUCUCUCUGCCUCUCCCUCCUUCUCCUGCUGCUCUGCCUUCUCCACCUGCCCCCGGCCUGCCACUCACGGAGAGAGAAGGGCGGGGGAGGCGGUGGCGGCCACUACAUCCCCAUCCCCCAGCCCCCUCCCCACCACAUGGCGCUGCCCAAUAUCCUGCGUGGCCUCAGCAUCGCCGUUGUCCUUGUGGGCAACUCAAGCGAGAUGGCACUGACUGGGGUUCGGGAGAAGGAGGACUUCCUUCACAUGGCACCCAACGUGGAGGUGCUGACCAUGAAUGAGACGGACCCUAAAAGCAUCAUCAAGAGCAUCUGUGACCUAAUGACAGAGCACUGGCUGCAGGGUGUGGUGUUUGGGGAUGACACCGACCAGGAGGCCAUCGCCCAAAUCCUUGACUUCAUUUCCGCCCAGACCCACAUCCCCAUCCUCGGAGUCCGUGGGGGCUCCUCCAUGAUCAUGGCUGCCAAGGAUGACAACUCCAUGUUCUUUCAAUUUGGCCCUUCCAUCGAGCAGCAGGCUUCGGUCAUACUAAACAUCAUGGAGGAAUACGACUGGUACAUCUUCUCCAUCGUCACCACGUACUACCCUGGUUACCAGGACUUUGUCACCAAGAUCCGUAGCACCAUCGAGAACAGCUUUGUGGGCUGGGAACUGGAGGAAGUUAUACUACUUGACAUGUCCGUAGAUGACGGAGAUUCAAAGAUCCAAAACCAGCUGAAGAAGCUCCAGAGCCCCGUCAUUCUUCUCUACUGCACGAAGGAAGAGGCCAACACCAUCUUCGAGGUGGCCCACUCCGUUGGGAUCACUGGCUAUGGCUACACAUGGAUAGUGCCCUCGCUGGUAGCUGGAGACACUGUUGUAGUGCCUGCAGAGUUCCCAACAGUCUCUUUCUCUGUCUCCCUCCUCAAUGUUUCCCUCUACAGGUACCUGAUGAAUGUGACGUUUGAGGGGCGUAAUCUGUCGUUCAGCGAGGACGGAUACCAGAUGCACCCCAAGCUGGUCAUCAUUCUGCUCAACAAGGAGAGACAGUGGGACAGGGUGGGUAAAUGGGAGAAUGGUUCCCUGUCCAUGAAGUACCAUGUGUGGCCUCGCUAUGAGCUAUAUGGGGGGGCAGCAACCAGGGAGGAUGACCACCUGUCCAUCGUGACAUUGGAGGAGGCUCCGUUCGUCAUUGUGGAAGACGUGGAUCCGCUGAGCGGGACCUGUAUGAGGAACACCGUACCCUGCCGGAAACAGAUCAAAACACUUAAUCAGACGAAGGACUCUGGGAUCUACAUAAAGCGUUGCUGUAAGGGUUUUUGCAUCGACAUCCUGAAGAAGAUCGCCAAGCAGGUCAAGUUCACCUACGACCUUUACCUGGUCACCAACGGCAAACAUGGCAAGAAGAUCAAUGGAACAUGGAAUGGCAUGGUGGGAGAGCUAGUAUAUAAAAAAGGGGGACGAGCGGGGGGCAUGAUACGGCGAAAACAGGCCUCUCAACCAUUCAUCAGCGUCAUGGUCUCCCGUAGCAACGGCACCGUUUCGCCCUCAGCCUUCUUAGAGCCCUUCAGUGCGGAUGUGUGGGUGAUGAUGUUCGUGAUGCUGUUGCUGGUGUCAGCAAUGGCUGUGUUUAUAUUCGAGUACUUCAGCCCUGUGGGCUACAACCGCUGUCUGGCUGACGGCAAAGAGCCUCACGGCCCGUCUUUCACCAUCGGUAAGGCCAUCUGGCUGCUGUGGGGUCUGGUCUUUAACAACUCCGUGCCAGUACAGAACCCCAAAGGCACCACCAGUAAGAUCAUGGUGUCGGUGUGGGCCUUCUUCGCUGUCAUCUUCCUGGCCUCCUACACUGCCAACCUGGCUGCUUUCAUGAUCCAGGAGGAAUAUGUAGACCAGGUAACUGGUCUCUCAGACAAAAAGUUCCAAAGUCCCAACGACUUCUCUCCUCCUUUUCGGUUCGGCACUGUCCCAAACGGGAGUACAGAGAGAAACAUCAGGAACAACUAUCCAGAAAUGCACUCCUACAUGACAAAGUUCCAUCAGAGAAAUGUCAACGAAGCUCUGCAGAGCCUCAAGGCUGGCAAACUAGACGCUUUCAUUUAUGACGCGGCCGUACUGAACUACAUGGCUGGCAGGGACGAGGGUUGCAAGCUGGUGACCAUUGGCAGCGGCUACAUCUUCGCCACCACGGGGUACGGUAUCGCCAUCCAGAAGGAGUCGCUCUGGAAGAGGCAUGUGGACCUGGCCAUCCUGCAGCUCUUUGGAGACGGUGAGAUGGAGGAGCUGGAGUCCCUGUGGCUGACGGGGAUCUGCCACCACGAGAAGAACGAGGUGAUGUCCAGCCAGCUGGAUGUGGACAACAUGGCCGGUGUUUUCUACAUGCUUGGUGCCGCCAUGGCUCUGUCACUCAUCACCUUCAUCUGUGAACACUGGUUCUACUGGCAGCUGCGCUUCUGCUUCAUGGGCGUCUGCUCUGGCCAGCCCGGCUUCGUCUUCUCCAUCAGCAGGGGUAUCUACAGCUGUAUCCACGGGGUGCAGAUUGAGGAGAAGAGCAGCUCAGCAUUGAAUUCCCCAUCAGCCACCAUGAACAACACCCAUUCCAACAUCAUGCGCCUCCUACGCACUGCCAAGAACAUGGCCUCCCUGUCGGGGGUAAACGGCUCUCCACACAGUGCUCUGGACUUCAUCCGCCGUGAAUCCUCUGUUUAUGACAUCUCAGAACACCGGCGCAGCUUGGCGGGCCACUCAGACUGCAAGCCACCUUACCUGCCAGAAGACAACAUGUUCAGUGACUACAUCAGUGAGGUGGAGAGGACGUUUGGCAACAUCCACCUGAAGGACAGUAAUCUGUACCAGGACCACUACCUGCACCACCAUGGCUCGACACUAGGGCUCAGCGGACCUCCUCCCAACAGGCCCCAUAGUUUGGGCAGUGCUAGUUCUCUGGAGGGCGGCAUGUUCGACUGUGACAGUCUGGGUGGAGGGGUGGCCCCUAUUUUCACCACCCAGCCCUGCUCAGCACUGACCCACAGGAACAUGAGCAAGUUUGACCUGCUGUCUGGACAGACUCCUCCCUCAGGCCAGGGCUUUAAGGGAGGCCUGCCGGACCUGUACGGGAAGUUCUCCUUUAAGGGUGGUGCCUCGAGUUCCACAUACAUCCCUGGGCAUAAUUACUGUGGAGGGAGAGGUGAAGAUGAUGGGAAUAUACGUUCAGAUGUCUCUGACAUUUCCACGCACACAGUAACUUAUGGAAACCUGGAGGGUAACGCCAAGAAGCGCAAACAAUACCGUGAUAGCCUGAAAAAGAGGCCGGCCUCUGCCAAGUCCAGACGGGAGCUGGACGAGAUUGAGCUGGGUUACAGGAGGAAACCGUACCACAUCAGCCACCACCACUACCACGGCCACCGCUCUACCUCCCCACCACUUUUCCCCUCUGAACGUAAGAGAGGAGGAGGAGGUGGAGGAGGAAACAAUGAUGCGAACUAUCUCUUCAGAGAAAAGGAGAGUGUUAGGGAUUUUUAUUUGGACCAGUUUCGGCCCAAAGAGGGUGUCCCUCAGUGGGAACAUGUGGACCUGACAGAGGGCCCUGGGAACAGAGAUGGAGUAGUGGGGGCCUGCACCACCCUGGUUCCGGUGGAUGACUUUCUUAAGAGCAAACCCAAAAAGUCUGAUUCAAAGAGCGGGGGAGGAUCUGGACUGGCAGGGGGAGAGUGGGAGUGCAGAAACUGUCGGGCUAGCGGGGGAGGAGGGGGUAAGCAGAUGUCCAUGCAUGGAGGAGGUGGUGGUGGGUAUGGUGGUGGUAUAAGCUGCGGGUCCUCGGGAGGCGGAGGAAACAGCCGCCCCAGCUCUGCGACCUGCAUGCGCUGCGAGGGCUGUAAAAAGACAGGAAACCUCUACGAUAUCAGCGAGGACAACAACCACCUCUUGGAACAGAUGGGGGGAGGGUCAAGUGGGGGAGGAGGAGGUGGCAUGGGUGCAGUCCCUCAGUCUCAACCUCAGGGCCAGCAGAGGAGGAAGGGUGGAGGAUUAGGCAAACCACUUAGGCGGCAGCACUCAUAUGACACAUUUGUCGACCUUCAGAAAGAGGAUUCAGGUGGGAUGGGAAGUUUGAUGGGGGGUCUAGGAGGAGGUGGAGGGGUGAGCGGUGCAGGAAUGGGAGGGAUGCUGCCCCCACCCAGAAGUGUUAGCUUGAAGGAGAAAGAACGCUACAUGGAGGGCACCAGCCCCUUCGCACACAUAUUUGAGCGUCACGGGGGCUCGGAGAGAGAAAGGGAAAGAGACAGGGACCCAUUGUUUUACGGAGGUGAGGGCCGGAAAGGAUCCGGCUCACCAUUCGGCUUGUUCAGAGGCGGUGAGGGCCUCCACCGGCGAUCCAUCGGAGAAAGAGACAUGAGAGACAGGGAUAGGUCUUUGAUGGAAGGAGGAGGUGGGGGAGCGUUCUCUUUAUCCAAAUCACUUUACCCUGACCGGGUAAACCAAAACCCCUUUAUACCCACCUUUGGCGACGACCAGUGUCUGAUGCACGGAGCCAAACAAUAUUACAUGAAAAAGCAACAGCAGCAGCAACAAGUUGCCAAAAACAGCCGAAGUGACUUCAGGAGCCAGAUGAGCACGGCGUCAUAUCUGCCAGCGUCCGCCACGGCCGGGGUGAUGUCCAACGUGGCCCCCCGGUUCCCGAAAGAGCUCAGCCUUGGUGGAAUGAACCACCAUGGCUCCAUGCUGGGGGUCGGCCCCCCGCGUCCCUUCAAUGGAAGCAAUGGCCAUGUGUAUGAGAAACUCUCCAGCAUUGAGUCUGAUGUGUGAGAGAAAAAGGGGGAGGAGGAGCGGACAUUGGCAAGGGAGAAGGAGAGGAGGAAUAGAGACAUAUAGUGUUAGGAGAUCAGGGAUGAUUUUACAGACACUGUACACACACUGCAACCCUAGCCCAUAUUGGGACAGCAAGAUGAGGUAAAAGAGGAGAGAGCUAGAGGAGGCAAAGACUGAAAGGUAGAGAUUGUGAAAUAGAAAGGGGAAAAGAAAUCUUGAUUUUUGCAAGAAAAUCUGGGUAGAAAAAUCAGGACAGCCUGAGGAGGUGUGUGAUUUUAACCCUCUCUCAGAAAUGGCCAAAGCUACUCUACUUUUAUGUCCAAACACAGUCAAUUAACAUUCCCCUCAACAUCACAAAUGCACUCCAACUCCAAGUCCAUCAUUUCAUCCACCAGUGAGGCAGAAGUCAAUGUACUUGGUUAUUAUCGCAAAGAGGUGACACCUCAUCUUAGUUUGAUAUUGGACAUGUGAGCCCGGUGCGAUUUGAUGGCUGUCUGAGAGCUCCCGCUGAGCGCUUAUGAAGAAAGACUGCAAGAGCGGAGAGAGGAGCGAACUGCCCAUCUGCCCCUGUGUCACCGCAGAAAAGGAGACAUUGUCACGUUUACACAGGAGAUGACUAGUGCUUCUCUCCUCUUCUCUCCCUCUCUCUCUCUCUCUCUCUGGAAGGAGACAGCCUGGCCUGUCCAUCUCUCUCCGUCCUGCACUCGUCCCACUCUUCUGUUCUCCCCCUCUCUCCUUUUUCUCUCAGAUCCCUCCUCCUCAUCCCUAAUGCCAAAAGAGCUGAUCUUGUUUGCUAUGGGAAAUACAAUCAUGAAUGAUAAUAAGAUAUUCUUAUAGAAAAAAACAGGGUAUAAGAACAACAAUAAUAUUGAUAACAUUGUGAAUAACAAAGAUGUUAGUGCUGAUUAUGAUAACACUGCUUAUAAUAUCACUAAGUUUUUCUUGCUUUAUUUUCUGUUGGUAUAAUAUUUCACUACUGUUUUAGUAUCUGUAGUUGUAUCCUGCCUGCCCCUGGUGGCAGCAGGAGGGUUGUUUUUAGUUCAACAAACAAGCCAGAAAGACUGAGUCCUUAACUCCUGUUUUUUCUGUUUUCUGUAGAAUAUUUUACUCCAUGCUCAUACAUUUAUUUGCUUCCUUGUGGAAAAACUGGAUCUCGAAGACACAUUUAGAGCUGAAAGAUCCUUAUUUGAUGUUUCAAGACAUUACAAAUCAAGUGUACACACACACACGCACACACACGAAAACACGGCCUGAACUUGUGCUACUGUGAACAAUACGUUCCGUCAGAAGCCGAAGAUACUGAGAGGAAGGACGUGCCUUAAUGGUCUCCAGUGGAUGUGUCCUCCAGUUCGCAUGCGGCCCUCACGCCGCAGCAGCACCAGGACGGACCGGCAUGCUUCGAGGCUGCUCGGUGUUCUCUUCACGUUUAUGAGCCAAAACUGCAGUAAAAAUUUACAGCAGGCUCGAGACGCUGCUGCUGCUGGUUUAGAUACAAGAAUGCCGUCGAAGAUGUUUUAUAACUUCGUAAAAUUUAUUUCAUAUGUCAAGUAUGGGCAGUGCUUUAUGAAGCUGUUGUAUUCAGGAUGUCCCACUGUCACGGAUAGACGUCUCACUUCACAACACGGCAGCCUUUAGACCACUUCUUUUAUUCAGGUUACAUGAUAACAGUCACCAGGCACUUACUUCUUUUUCGGCCUCUCACUAGUAUCUCCCAGAAGGCAUUACUUUUCACUCACGGUCUGAGAGGCGCACACAGAAAGCUUUGUUUGUACAUUGUGUAUGAUUAAUAUAUGCACUGUCGUUUAUGUAGGCAAAAUGCUACAAAAUGUGUAGGAGAAGUGUUGUUGCCGCAUGACAAUGAUAAAAGCUUGAGCUGAGGAGGAUGUCUAUUUGAGAGAGGCCUCUUAAACACUGACUGAGGCGUCAGAAAGGCGGCCAUCUUGCGAAAGCUUUUUCCAGGCUUUUUACUUUGACCGAUGUAGAUAGUCUUUUUAGCUGGAGAGGCCUCAUUUAUUGCACAGGACCUUUUACUCAGUGUAGGUUCAGGCACUCAGUAGACAUGCCUUAUCGUCCCAUCACCCCCCUCCCCACCCCCGAGCUGUCUGAUGAUGACUCAUCAUUUUACUGUACAGAAUAAAGAAGCCUCUUUUAGUUAUUUAAAGGUUUGAUCUUCGAUUAGCUGGCGAUGUCAGAAGUUCAAGGGCUGCAGGAGAUUGUGCAGGAGUGCUGGCCUGAGAUUGGAGCUGCUGGAGUGUGUAGAGUGUAAUCUUUGUCAUUGCGGACUUCUAUCUUAUACCCUAAUCUAAAUGCACCAAUGUAAUAGGUUGGCGUGCGUGCGGGUGUGUGUGUGUGUGGAGGGAAGCAAGCAAAUCACAACUGAAUGACAACAGCUGUUUUUUUUUUU